CCAUCCUCCGGGCCCCGCCCAUAGUGGCCGUGGCCUGAUGCUGCUUCCCAGGCGGUGGGGCGCGGCGUUGUGGCGUCAUCAUGGGUAGUAAGAUGGCGGCUGCUACUAGAAUCGUUCAGGUAGUCAAGCCACAUACUCCAUUAAUUAAGUUCCCAGACAGAAAAAGUAGUCCCAAACCUAAAAUACAGGAAUCUCUACAAGCAAGUAUGCCAUUUCCUGAUGCUUCAAAAGCACAGGAGUCUAUAGGAGGCAGAUCACCAGAAUUUCAAAAUAUUUCACCUGUUAUUAGACUACAAGGUAUACCAGACACUUCUGAAUUAGCAGGAACCUUACCUCAGAAAUACAGAAGGAAACUCAUGUCAGAUGAAGAGAUGGAAUAUAUUCAAGUAAGCUUCAUUUACUGCGUGGAGGUCCAGAAUAAGUAUGGAAGACGACUUGUUUGCCACUAUUGAAGAAUGAAAUAUACAAUCAUAAUACGCCUUUAUUGUGAAUAUUAUUAGCUUUAAUAAAACCCUAUAUGAAGGGUGAGAAAGUUGACACAACACACUAUAUUAAUUUGUGAUUGAGAAAGCCAUCAACAGAAAAUAUAACUAGUAUUUGAUGUCCACACCAUUAAAAUAUUUUUUUUUCUAAUUAGCCAUUCGCAAACAUGCCAAUAGAACUGAGUUGUUUUCAUUAAAAAAAAAAAGAAGAUGUCUCAUCAGGAAUAAUUUUAUGGGCAGGAAAGGGACACUGAAGUAUUCUCAAAGAUUAUUAAGAGUGGUUGUUCUUAGUAGUUAUACAACUGAAUAUUGGAUCUAAGGUUGGGGAAAAAAAAAAAACACUGUUUCAGAAGAGAGCUCUUUGGGUUCAAUUACAGUUAGAAGUCCACAAUAUAACUGGUCUCUAGGCUUAAUCUGCAUUAAUAUGCAUAGUCCAUAGCUGCAGCCUUUCACAUGGCAGACAGAAAUGAGCCUAUGCAUCUCAGGCUGGUAGUAGCCAACAGCCUUAGCAUCAGUCAUGCUGCUUUCAGCCAAGGGGCCGUGUAGUGAUGUAACCUGUGGUAUUGGAAAGCAGCUGCGCGUUCCCCUCCCGAGCUGUACCCCAGCCUCCUCCGGCACUGGAGAUAACAGCGCGGGUUGCUUCAUCAGCCCUCUUCCCCCUCGUGCUUCCUACGAGUUACCGGGAGUUAGGGACAGUGCCAGGCGGGUAUCUGUGGGCGGGGCGGUGAGGGGUGGUGCCGCUGGCGGUUGCCAAGGGCGGGGCCUGGCGAGGUGGGGGUGUGCACGUGCGUGUGUACCCCCGCACCUCUUCUCCCUCCUUCCUCUUUCCCUCCAUCCUCCCGUCCUAGCAGUGGUGGGUACGUGGGCGCGCGCCAAGCGCUACGAGAAAAUUGACUUCUUGGGGGAGGGGCAGGUUGGUGUAUGUAGAGCUCCUCAGCUCUCUCUGGUCCGUCAGGUGUGAGGGUCUCCUCUGAGGGGUCAGCUGGGCCCGGCGGAUCUGGUGACGUGUCUCUUGUGACUGGAGGGGCACUGGCGGAGGGGAGUCUUCCGGCCCUAGGGCUGCCUGUAGCAGCGCGCAUUCUGGCGGCUUCUGCUAGGCCCAUGGCAUGGCGUGGCCCGGGCCGACCCUGUUUCGCCUUCCACACGCAGUGGUGAAGCCCUGCUGAGAGGCGGGGUGGUGAUACUGCGGUUAUAGGGUGAGAGGGUCGGUCUCGUGCGAGGGAGGUGGUUGGGGGAGGCAGAUUGUUCCCCACCACUGUGCUGAACCAGAAUUUCAUGGGCUCUUCCUGAUUGAAGGUCCUGGUGCGGGCACCUCUCUAGCCCGAGGAGCUGGGUUCGGUGGUUCAGGGGCUGUGUUUGCUGUGCUAAUGUCCGAGCCUCUGACCAGGCUCUGCUGGCGUGCAACUUGCAUGCCCCUGUAGUCAUGGGAGCCUCUCUCCUUAGUUUGCUACUGUUUAUAAAGCAACCAAAUUGUUGCUAUUAAAAAGGUGUCAGAAUAUUUUCCCAUUGUGUGAUCAGGUGUAUAGUUGCUCUUGACCUGCCUAAUGAUUUUUUUGAGCUGGCUUAAUGGGUAAUAGGGCAAGAUUUUGUUUCUAGAGUUUUUUGUUUAAAUGAUUCAGUUAAGUUGUCUUUAAUAAUUUUUUUCAAGAAGAAAGACUAGCUUCAGUCCUACUACAUUUCUGAGUUUCUGAAGGAUUACCUGGUCUUGUAACUUGAAGUUUUGGUUAUUUGUUAAACAGAUGUAUGCUUACUUUUUGAAUCUUUUCUCCUGCCAUACCUUUUUGACAGAAUUUGACAAAAGUGAUCUUAGAUCUGCAAAUUAGCUGUUUGAAUAUGCGUUUAUAAAGUCUGUUUUCAUAAAGUGUUUUGCUUCAUACUAUAUGAAGAGAUUACAGAAAGUUUUUGUAUUAAAAAUAGAUUAUUAGUUGUGUAAUAAGUGAUGGUCAAAAUUGUUAAUGUUGAACAAAUCGAGUAGGAUUCAAUUGUAUUAUGCAUAUUGUUGUAAGCAGUAACUGCGCUUGUGCAAGUUUGAUUAUGUUUUGUAGAACCUUGUAGUAGUAGUUAAGCCAAUGCCUGGAUUGCCUGGAUGGUGCCACAGAUAACAGGACUCCCGGAUGGUGCCACAGAUAACAGAGCGCCCGGAUGGUGCAACAGAUAACAAAGUUCCAGAGAUGGAAAUUCCCAGCGUGUAAAUGAGCUUAUAACAUAUAUAAGCACACACGAAAAGUUGAGUGGUGUGCCUGUUGGCGGAACUGAGCUUCCCCCGGUCACCCAGCGCUGUUUUGCCUAAUUACCGCUUGCUAAAUAAAAUCGAUUGAUUGGCUCAAAA